AUGGCUGAGCGACUGGAGGCCAAGGGCGUGCCGGGCAACACGAGGGAAGCCCUCCAGGGAUUCCUGGAAGCGCCGCUGCCCGAACAGCUGGCCGGCCUCACCUCCUGGAUGCGCGAUUUUGAGGCGUUGGACGACGAACCUUGGGCCACGCUGCAAUCUCCUCUCGGAACGGGCACGCAAUACUCUGCGACGCCGGUGGCGGCCAAGUGGGUCGCUGCCCUGCUCGACUAUCCCUGGGUGACCAACACGAGCGACAUCUUGCGGCCACAGGAGCAAGCCGCCUACGACGAAAUGAGCAAGCACACGGCCAAGUACAUCAGAUUGGCCCACGAGGGCGAUGAAGAGACCCGAUUGGCUGCCAUCUUCCUGCUCGCCAUGCUGCCGGGCCAGUGGCGCUCAACGCUGUCUUUGCUUGCGGACAUCGCGUGCGACAUCGCGCAGCCGCUUGCCGUCCGCGCCAGCGCCCUCUCAGCGCUCUCCUUCGUUGCGCCCGUGCACGAUAGCAGCAGCGUCGACCCCACCUCUGCCGUCGGAUCAGACAACGACACCGCCGGCGACAGCAAGCAAGAGAGGCUCGCUCAGACCCGCCGGGCCAUCGCCGUUCUCUCCUCCUUCUUGCCGCCCCUCUCC